AUCAACUCCUGAAUCGCUGUACUCCUAUUGUGCGAACCACUCAACAGGCUGCAAUAGCUGAAAUAGAGCUAUUGAACACGGUUCUAGAUACUUAAACACCUUUCGCUCGUUCACGACACUUGAUCGCCUCGCCAUCGUGAACCAUCUCCUGAAAGAAGAGCAGCACACUUUCCCUUCCAUCUUCCUCUAUCCAAACCUGCCUUUGCCCAUCUUUUGAAGAUUGACGAUCAUGGCUCUCACCAUGCAUAUGCCGACAGCUGGCUGCGAGCAUAUGGACAACGACUCCAUCGCCAAAAUCCGCCAACUUCGAUCCAAACACCUGAAUGGCGAAGACCUUGUACAAUACACGUGUCUCGAAUGCUCAACCACUGGAAGCUUUCCCACAUUGGACAAGCAUUUCACAGAAACCAAGCAUGACCUCGCCGUCAGCCAUAAGACCGUCUAUUGUGGCCGUUGCAAUGACUUGGUCUAUGACCCAACUUUACUUAGCACUGGCAAGAAACGCAAACUUGCAGAAACCAAUGAGGAUGACGACUCGUACUUGACUUCCAACACUUCCCAACGUCCAUGUGGUCGCAACGGUGUUCGAGGGCUAUUCAACCUCGGCGAGACGUGCUACAUGAACGCUGUUCUUCAAAUGAUGGUCCACAAUCCACUCCUGGCCAGCUAUUUCCUCGGCAUGGGCCAUCCUACUCAUACUUGUCCAAUCUCCAAAGAACCAGACAAGAAGAACGAAUCCGACUCCGAGGACGAGGACGAUGAGAAGAAGGAACAACAAACCUGUGUCGCCUGCGGCAUGACCGAAGUCUUCUCCGACGUCACGAUGGUGGACCAGCCUACUCCUGCCCACGCCGUCAACCUGCUUUUUGCGUCCUGGAAGAACAUCCCCGCAAUGUCCGGCAAAGGCCAGCAAGAUGCACAAGAAUGGUUCAUGCAGAUCGUCGACCGUCUCCACGAAGCCGUAGCCCAAUACAAGGUCCCGGAGAAAACCAACAGUAUCAACGAAGCCAACGGCAUCCCACCCCUCGACAAGCAAUGCGUGUGCUUCUUCCACAAAGUGUUUUACGGUCGAUACAACAACCAAAUCACCUGCGACACAUGUCAUACCGUGUCUUCCCGUGAAGAUGAAUUCUCCAGCAUCAGCCUGGACUUCAAAAAACAAGUCAAGAAGAAGAAGAAGGCGGCCAAAGACGCUGCCAAUGCCAGUGACAGCAAAGACAAGGAACCACUCAAGAUUGCAAUCCCCAAUAUCCACGAGUGCCUCCGAAGCUUCACCGCCCCAGAACCUCUCUCGCCGGAACAGUACAGCUGCCAGGAAUGCAAGGAGCGUCGGUCUGCCAGCAAACAAACACGCAUUCGCAAAUUGCCGGCCAUUUUGUGUGUCCAUGUCAAGCGAUUUGGUAUGAAACAGCUUGGUACGGGCGUCUUCGUGCCAGAGAAGUACGAAGGAAGGCUGGAGUUCAGCCUGCAGUUGGACAUGGCGCCGUACACGACGCGACCACCGAAGAAUGGCGAAGACACGGAGAAGUAUAUGUACGACCUUGACUGUGUGGUGGUACACCAGGGGGAGCAUGCUCAUAAUGGGCAUUAUUUCGCCUUCUGCCGCCAGGACAACAAGUGGUUCCGGUUCGACGACGAGAUCGUCAGUGCGACGACGACGGAAGAUGUCAUGAGGCAGGAGGCCUACUUGUUGUUCUACUCCUUGAGGAGAAUCGAGAAGGUCUAGGGACCUGGGUGGUGGUGGUGGUGGCUUGCAUUUAAAUAGGCAUGAGUAGGGACGGUGGUGUGGGCGGUCAACUAGUCUAAUACCAUGCCUUGAUCAAA